AUGGUCAUUGGCCUAAAGGAGCAAAGUGACCUGGGCUCACCUGGGGCAACCUACUCAGUGCUGUCACACCUGCAGCCUGUGGAGAAGAGGCGCAGAACAGCCCAGAGAAACAGCCCUCAUCUGAUGGGGCACACAGGCACGCACCCACCCAGGGAGCACCCAGAGGCUCUGGAGUGGAGUUGGCCUCGCUCGAGGAAGCUCUUGCUCGCCUGGCUGAGGGCCCCACGCGGCAGAGGCAUGAGAGUCCUGCCACUGCUCUGCUUGGCCGCGCUAGCCACCAGCAGCUCCGCGAAGCAGGAGAAAGAGCCGGUGUCCCAGCUGCAAGCUGACUUCACCCUGUUGGACAGGGGGUCAGGCCUCAGGGUAGAGGUGUUCUGCCAGGCAUCCUCGGGCAGCCCACCCAUCACCUACAGACUGGUCAGGAGGAGCGGGCACAUCCACAUGCAGCAGACUCGGAACCCUGGGCAGCCAGCCAACUUCUCCUUCCCACUGAACCAGACGUCGGACUGGUUCCGGUGCCAGGCUGAAAACGACGUCAGCGUCCAGCACACUCCCUUCACACUGGUGCCCCCAGGAGAGCUGCCCCAGGGACCCACCUUCGUGCUGGCUGGCUGCCUUAUCUCCAUCAUAGCCAUCAUUUCUUGGAAACUGAGCUGGACCAAGCAGAUCAGAUACUAAAAACCACCACCAAAUGGAAGAAAUUAACUACUUGAUGAUCAUGAGCUCGUAGCCCAGGGGCCUUCUGGUGCCUAAAGAUUGAUAAUGUUAACCUCUGUGACACCAACCAAUCAGAGAAUUGAUCACAUACCCUGCGACUCCCCUCCCUCAGCUGGCCUAUAAAAAUGCUUUGCUGAAAGCCUUCGAGGAGUUCUGAAUUUUGGGGGGCAUGAGCGCCCCACCCCGUUCUCCUUGCGUGGCCCCACAAUAAA